AUGGGCUCUACACUUCAGACGUUCAGAUAUUUCACAUGCGGUCAGUGUGGUCAGCAUAUUCAUGGCGAAUCUGGGAAAGGCACAUUAGGAAACAGUGAAGUGGGUCCUGAGGUACUCUUCAUGUACUUGAAGAGUACCGUUGAUAUGGAGUUGUGUUUUGGUGGAAACAUAUGUCAGAUUGACGGCGCGGCCCGCGUCUUCGACCCCUCGGCUACCUCCUCCUACGCGCACGUGUCCUGCCCGACCGCCCGCUGCUCCCCAUGCGUCUCCUCCCCACGCAACGCCACGUUCAGCCUGCGCCGACCCUCCCCUACUUGCUACUGGUCGAUCCGCGACAGCGACCUCACGGUCAGCAGCAAGCUCAUAUUCGGCGAGGACGACAGCCUGUCGAGCCACCCGAAUCUAAACUACACGUCGUUUGCUGCUGGCAAAGAGAACUCCUCCGUCGACACCUUUUACUACGUGCGCGUCAAAGAGAUUAGGAUCGGAGGAGAAGCGCUUUCGAUCCCCGAGGAAACGUGGACGCUGAACGGAGACGGGACAGGAGGGACCAUCAUCGACUCCGGCACGACGCUGAGCUAUUUCAUCGAUCCCGCGUAUGAUCUGAUCAGGCAGACUUUCAUCGGGAAGGUGAAAUACCCGAUGGUCGCGGACUUCCCCGUGCUCAGCCCGUGCUACAAUGUCACGGGCGUCGACAAUGUUGAGAUGCCCGGGUUCGGCAUCGUGUUCGGCGACGGAGCGAGGUGGGAUUUCCCGGUGGAGAACUACUUCAUCAGGCUGGAGCCGGAGGGGAUCAUGUGCUUGGCGAUUUUGGGGACGCCGAGGUCGUCGUUGUCGAUAAUUGGGAACUAUCAGCAGCAGAACUUUCAUGUGGUGUAUGAUACUGAGAAGUCCAGGCUCGGGUUUGCGCCGAUGAGGUGCGCCGAUGUUUGAGGGGUGGAGGGGAGGUUUUUUUGAAGAUUUUGUGCAGGUUUACCCUCUGAAACUGAAAGGAGAGGUAAUUGAUACGAUGAUAUUAGAUAUUCAAUUGUUUAACUUUUUCUUUUCUUUUUUUUUGGUAAUUUUUUCCAUUUGGUAUUUUUCGUGUAUGGGUAGAAUACUUUAACUCA